CCUGAUAAGGUAUACCUGUUCCAGUGGGAGUGACCUCGUCGACCAAUACCAACACGGCAUUCUAACAUUGGGAAAUAUACUAUAAAUGAUCCGUAAAAAGUGUGAAAAAUAACAUCUUGUACUAUAUAAAAGCGUGUGGAUGUUAAAAUGGCAAAAGGCGGACAUGGUGACGCGAACGGUGGAUAUGUCAACAAGGGAUUGGAGUUGGAGGAGGUGAAACUUGGGGAGGAAACUAAUACCGCCCCAAUCGUCGAUGAAGAUGGCAAUCGACGACAGAGUGCGGAUAGUGAAGUUCCCAACCAUGUUGUGGUGGAAUCGCGAAGAGAAGAUUCCAUUUCCAAUGCUACAGCGUAUGGAUCAGUCUCGAUCCUUCUGUGCAUCAACCUCCUCAACUAUAUGGACAGAUAUACAGUAGCAGGUGUGCUUAAAGACAUCCAAGACUUUUACGGUUUAGAGAACUCGGAGGACGGACUUAUACAGACAGUUUUUGUAUUAACGUAUAUGGUAUUUUCCCCUAUAUUUGGGUUUCUGGGUGACAGAUAUACAAGAAAGUAUAUCAUGGCAGGAGGAAUAUUUUUUUGGGCGACCGUAACUUUUGCUGGAUCAAUGAUUCCUAAGGAGCAUUUUUUUGCCUUCGCAAUAAUGCGAGCGCUGGUUGGCGUAGGAGAGGCGAGUUACUCCACCAUCGCCCCAACUAUUAUAGCAGAUCUGUUUACGGGGGAGAAGAGAUCGAGAAUGCUCAUGAUAUUUUACUUCGCCAUUCCAGUCGGAAGUGGUAUGGGUUACAUUGUGGGAUCUAACGUUGCUAAAGCUUUAGGGGCCUGGCAGUGGGCCUUAAGGGUGACGCCAGUGCUGGGUUUGGUGUGUGUAGUACUGAUUCUAGUCGUACUUAAGGAGCCCAAGCGUGGGAUGUCUGAAGGGGGAGUAACUCUCCAAAACACAAGCUACUUCACUGACCUCAAAGAGGUCGUUAAGAUCAAGAGUUUUGUUCUUUCCACCAUAGGAUUUACCUGUGUGGCUUUCACUACUGGCGCCCUGGCACUGUGGGCUCCCCUCUUUAUGUACGACUCCAUCAUGGCACAAGGCAAAGAGGCAACUCAGGCAGGGCCUAACUAUUUAUGUUCCGGAGAACCUCUCAAGGUUUGUGUGGCGUUCACCUUUGGGAUAAUCACAGUGGUAGCUGGAUUCGUUGGUGUGGCUCUGGGUGCCGAGAUUUCACGGCGCUAUAAGAAGAUAAAUCCACGUGCAGACCCCCUGGUGUGUGCCUUCGGUCUGAUAACAUGCGUACCAUUCCUUUUCUUCGCUCUUGUACUGUCUCAAUGGUAUACAGUGCCGACAUGGAUCCUGAUAUUCCUUGGUGAGACCAUGCUGUGUUUGAACUGGUCCAUUAUUGCUGAUAUGUUAUUGUAUGUAGUGAUACCUACGCGGCGGUCGACUGCAGAGUCCGUCCAGAUCCUUAUCUCUCACGCCUUUGGUGAUGCCGGAAGUCCGUACAUCGUAGGAUUGGUGUCUGAUGCUCUAUCUAAAAACUACAAUGCUCCCUCCAGUUCUUCGUAUGUACAGUUCAAGACGUUACAGACUGCCCUCUACGUCACUCCCUUCAUCUGUGUUCUCGGAGGAGGAUUCUUCCUCGCCACAGCACUCUUCAUAGAAAAAGACAAAAAUGCUGCCUUAAAAAUCACACAAGCUAUGAAUAAGGCAAAAGCCACAAAUGGAGGGAUUACCUUGAAGUCUAUAGGUGGUGAGGACGAGGAGUUUGAUUUCACAGCUAACGGACCAACAGCGAUUUGAGGGUGAACAUAGUCAUGUGACGCAUCGUGACGAUGUACAGAGAUGGGUGAAAGAAACCUUGACUAGUGAGCCAAUUUAAAUAAUCAACCAUCGAGGGAUCUUAUGAACUUCCCUGUUGCUUGGAGACCAUUUUGUCUGUGGACGUCGACGUAUCAAGUGUUCAUUGUCCGAGUUCUGAUGUAGGUAGAGGGCCAUUUUAGCUAAGGUGUUAGCCGCAAGCUAUUGGUAUUACUUCAGUUAAUGAGCUCAAGAUAUUCAAAAAUGUCGUUUUCACACAAACGCCGCUCUAGCGGUACCCAUUGGUACUAAAUUGAAUCAUAUACCGGACCUACUGUCUUUAUUAUGCGUAACUUUGGACUCAAAUGCACUUGAAUGACUUGUUUAAAGUUGAAAUAGAAGUCAUUAAAUAUCAUACGUGCUUUGACCAUCAUGAACUGAAGACCAGGAGUCUUUACCCCAUAUCACUAGAACUACGGCAUUUCACCAGUUGCUAAACCACCAGAGGUGAUCCUCUGUUGGUAACACCAUGGUCGUCUGACGGCCAGCCAUCACCUAGGCAAGGUUUAUCUGACCACCCUUCCUGUGCAUAAAGGACUGGGCAGGAUUUCUUCCGUUCUUGUUUCUUUCUAGUCCUGUGUCGAAGUAUUAGCUGUGAUACACUGGUAGCACCAGGCCUUGAAACGUGAAAAACCUAAGACUAGAGUCAGAAAGGACUAGGGGCAUUAUGGGUCAUUUUCAGCAGU